GCAAAACAUCGGCGCACAAGCAGAGCGAUUCGGUAGAUGACCCCUGAAGCCUGUAUAACAGUUCCACAAACGCUCUCAUGGAAUAAACACUGAUUUUUCUAGCAGGAAUGGAGUCCGAGAGUGCAGUUGGCCGUACGUUGAGGAGGCAACAGCGUAGAAAUUAUCAGGAUACAUCCCAGGAUGAUGAAAUCGAGGGAAAACGAACGUUCAGUCUUGAAGAAAAGCUCGCAAAUCCAGUCUUUGAAGCCGAUAGCUUUGUGCAAAUGUUGGAUGGCAAUGAGUUCUCCUUGAAAUAUGUCCAGAGUAACGGGUUUAAGACCCCGAUUUUGUUUAAAAGCACAGAAGGAUUGGAUAUGAAGAUCCCAGAUGCUGAGUUCACGGUUACAGAUGUAAAGAAUUUUGUUGGGGCACGAAGACUCGUCGAUGUUAUAGACGUGAAUACGCAACAGCCUUUAGAGCUUACAUUGCAGAACUGGGUGAAAUAUUUCACAAACCCGGAACGCGAGAAGAUUUACAAUGUGAUCAGUCUUGAGUUUAGCCAUACGAAGCUGCAAGACCUGGUGGAGUCCCCAUUAGUGGUACGUCAAAUUGAUUGGGUAGACACGGUAUGGCCAAGAAAUUUGAUAGAAGAGCAAAGAGAUUCGACAAAUUCCAUGGCAGACAUGAAGUAUCCGAAAGUCAAAAAGUAUUGCCUGAUGAGUGUGGGGGGAUGCUACACCGAUUUCCAUAUCGACUUCGGAGGCACAUCUGUGUGGUACCACCUGAUGAAAGGGAAAAAGAUUUUCUGGCUGAUUCCGCCAACGGAGCGUAACCUCCAACAGUACGAACGAUGGGUGUUGUCUGGCAAACAGCAAGAUUUCUUCUUUGGUGACCAAGUAGAGAAGUGCUCAAGGGUGACGCUUGUGAGCGGGGACACAUUUCUCAUCCCCACAGGAUGGAUCCAUGCCGUGUAUACCCCUGAUGACUCGCUAGUGUUUGGAGGGAACUUCAUACACAGUUACUCCAUCAGUGAGCAGAUUCGUAUAAGUCAGAUCGAGGACAACACCAAGGUUCCUCAAAAGUUCAGGUACCCGUUUUAUGCCGAAAUGAUGUGGUACGUUGCGGAGAAGUACGUUCGUCUUCUAACAAGAGACAGAGAAGAGCGCGUCAAAAUGGGAAAGCCGUUAACAAAACGCAAGAAACUGGCCGCUAAAGGAAAGGGGAAGGUGAAAAAAGAGCCAAAAGAGGAAAAAGAAAAUACAGAACAAACAGCCGACUCCGUUCAGCGACGAUCUAGUCGGGUUCCCAAGGUCCCCGCGCGACGCCUUCAGGACGGGAUUUCCUCAGACGACGAACCUCAACCAAAAAGAAAACGAAAGGGAAAGAUGAGUACAAAGCAGGAAAACUCGGGAGUGAAUGGGAAAAGUGAAGCGAAAUCAGAAAUAAAUGGAAAAAUGCCAGAAAAACCAGAAGUGAACGGAAAAGCUCGUGAGGGUUCCACAGAGGAAAGCGAAAAACCCUGGGAGCUAGUCUACCUAACAGAGCGGGAACUCUCAGGACUACGAGAGUUGAUUGAAAGGCUUCGGACUUGGCCUCAAGCACAGAAGAAUAUACCCGAGAGCAUUGAAAACCCCGAGGAGGUACUGAAGCAGCUAGAGGAACUGCUGGAUCUACACGAAGAUGAUGACCAGGAACUCGCUGUCUCUGGUGUCCAGGCACUGUUCCAAAUCGACCCUCCGCCCCCGCCAAGCAGUUCGGAGACUCCCAAGUCCCCUCGGCCAAAAGCAGGCGUUAUGAUGUCAAAGGUUGGAACCAAGGUUGGUCCAGGCGUGCGCAGAAGACGGACUCGAUGCGGUCAAUGUGAGGCUUGUACGAGAGAGGACUGUGGCGAGUGUAGGACGUGUAAGGACAUGAAGAAGUUCGGGGGGCCUGGUCGCAUGAAGCAGUCGUGCACCAAGCGUGCGUGCACUCAGCCAAACCUGCCCACCUGUGUUCGCUGUAUCGAGUGCAACAAGCUGGGCGAAGAGGAAAACCAAUUGAUGGAGUGCAGGCUUUGUGCCGAGAUCGUACACCCGUCGUGUAUCGACGCUCAACCGGACACCUUCCGAGUAGUCCCAGACAUUAACAACUGCUGGGAAUGUCCCAAGUGUUUUAGCGGUCAGGAGGAAAGUAACGACGAGAGUCCGAAACAAAAGUCUAAGAAAAGAAAGAUAAAACAUGAGGACUCCUCAAAAUCUGCAAAGCGAGGAACUGCCUCCCGCCAACCAAGCGAGUCCGAAGAAAGCGAUGAAGAAGUACUCGAAGACUCCGAAGAUAAUGAAUCCUUGCCAGCUGACAGUACAACUGGUACCCAGUCCACGCGCCGGCGGCGAGACCCCCCUGAACACGCCCCUUCCCCACCCCCACCCCCAACAGAAGUCAGCCCAAAGUACGUGAUCCGACCUGGGCCAAUCGAUCCCCCAAGCGAGACCCUGGAACUAGAGGGUGGGGUAGAACAUGUGCUUCGUCGAUCCACGUGGCUUCACGUGUUUGGCUUCUUGAGCCAAGAGGAGCUGUGCUUGUGUAUGCGUGUGUGCCGUACGUUUAACCGCUGGGCUAUGGAUAAGCACUUUUGGUCUGUGAUUGACAUGUCUCGUAAACCCGUUACCCCUUUGUCGUUGGAGGGUAUUGUCCGUAGACAACCAACCACGCUGAACCUCAGCUGGACAAAUGUCUCUUGCAAGCAGCUGCUUUGGUUAUUGGAUAGGCUUCCUCGGCUGCGUGAGCUCUACCUUAGUGGGACCACGGAAGCUACUGUCAGCGCGCUCCAGCACGUUAAUUGCCCUCGUAUCCAGGUCCUUGGACUCAGCUGGUCCACAGGGAUUACCGAUUCUUUGCUGCGUGAUCUCAUAAGUCCACCUGCGCCAUCUGAAACUCGCGUGGGGGCUGAGGACAGUAAAGGCCGCCUGAAUGAUCUGUGCACACUCUACCUUACCGGAAAUGACGUCACUGGGAAUACCCUUCGCCUGCUUGCCCAGUAUUGCCCGUCUCUGCGCAAAAUAGACUUGAGUUACUGCCCUAAGAUUUACGACGAGGAUGUUGAGGUCCUCGUGCGUCCAAACGUCACUAGUCGUAACGAUAGCGUGACGUGUAAAGAUUGCGUGACAGAAAUAUUGCUCUCGGGCUGCGGGAAGCUAACUGACGCAUGCCUUGUAUCGCUCAACCGCUGGCCUUACCUGCAGCGCCUGGAUCUUCGUUCUUGUCACAAGGUGUCGCGCUCCGAAAUUGAGAAAUUCGUGGAGCGGCGAAAGGAGCAGCUUAAGAUCAUAGACGAGAAGCUUGUUGUUGCCGCGUCGUAGCGUCAGCGCUCUGUACGCUAGGCCUGGAGACCACUAACCUCCUUGCGAAUGCGCUGAAUCCAAGUAGAAGACGGGAACGGGAUUACAGCUGCUUUACCCAUGACAACCACUACUACUUCUCCCUAGAAUUACUGCUUUUUCAUCAGCAAUGAGUCCUAACUAAUCAACAUUCAGAGUUAUUUUGGCGACUUCUUCUAGCCUGGCUAUUUCUGUGUAGGCCCAUUCAAUAAUUGUUCUUAGAAAGACGCUCUCAUCCCCCUCCCCACCCCCUCUAACUACGCCCGUAGUGAUAUCCUUCAGGGUCAGCUUUAAAGAUGAUUAAUCCUUGAUCUUAUAGACUCUAAAGCAGACUUUUGUGAUGAAUAUUUUAGACAAAAACAAAACAAAAAAACAUUGCAAGCAAAGGUGUACAUAUUAUUUCAUAUCCUUCAAUCACUGUGAAAUUCAAUCCAUCCUUACAAUAAGACAGGCUUCAUUCUUCAUGCUUAGGCAUAUAACAGUAGUGUAUACAUGAUUAUAUUUUCAAAAUAGUUAUAAUAUCAUAUCCCAGUAUUCAAGAGAACCAAACCAACUAGUAUCGCAUAAGUCGGCUACAGAGGCCUAUUCGUAACCGUUCGGAUACUUGCCCGUUUUUUAGAGCCUGAUUUGUUGAUAUUUCAAAGCUUUGGAGUUGUACAAAAAUUGAUUAGCUGCUAUGUAUGUGAGUAAUAAUCGUGAAAUGUGAAACCGCGAUUUUACUUAAUAUGAACAUUAAGAUUUUGUUUGCGUUUGAAGCUUUUUGCUUAAAUUUUGCCAAGCUUAUUAUAUAAAAUGUACGUUAAUGCAGCUUUUGUAAGUAAAUUUUAAAUGACCAUUAAAAUUAAAUAUACCAUUUUCCUGUG